CAGUGAAACAUCCGCAUCAUAUUCUGUUCCCCACCGCAUCCUCCUCCGUUUCGCCGGCGACGACGCGGAUGGCGACCGACGGCGGCGGCGCCACCCCCUCACCGGCGGCGAAGAAGGCCAACCUCCUCGACCCCUACUCCAUCAAGCAUCUCCUCGACGAGACCGUCUCCGAGGUCGCGAAGAGCAAGGGGUACCCAGAGGACGCGCGGCUGAGCAACCGGAGGCUGGCGGUCGGCGCGGCGGUGAUCGCCGUCGCGCUCCUCGCGCAGUUCUACCCCCGCAAGUUCCCCGAGAACAGGGACGUCCUCCUCGCCUGCAUCGCGCUGUACGCGGCGCUCAACGUGGCGCUGCAGAUCGUUACCUACACCAAGGAGAAGAACGCCAUCCUCUUCACGUACCCUCCCGCGGGAUCAUUUAAUAGGACUGGGCUUGUUAUAUCUUCAAAGUUACCAAGAUUGUCAGACAUGUAUACCCUCACAAUAGCAAGUGCAGAUCCACAUUCUAAAUCUUCCAGUGAACCAGUCCAUUUCACUAAGAGUGUCACAAAAUGGUUCACCAAGGAUGGGGUUCUUGUGGAAGGUUUGUUCUGGAAGGAUGUUGAGAAACUGAUUGAUGACUACAACAGUGACCACAGGAGCAAAUGAAAGGAUAGCUUGUACUUAUUGAUAUCAAUAUGUCAUGAAACAACCAACCAUUCACCUACUACAUCUGUUAGUUUUUGCAUAUGACUAGCAAGGAAUCGCUUUAUAAAAUCAAAUCUUAACUGCAUUUUGUUAGACAAUUUUGUGACAUGUCCUGGUAUUAACUGCUGAAAUGAUGUGUCAAUUCCUGAGGUCCUGGUAUUAACUGCUGAAAUUAUGUGUCAAUUCCUGAUCGUGUUUCUGAUGA